AUGAAGCUGCCAGUGGUGGUCCAACAAUUUUCCAGGUGUGGCGUACUUUAUUGCUUUCCGCGGGACAUCAAAGUGCCCGAAGAAGACAAUAUUCGCCACACUUCACGAUGCCGAUAUGGAACCAACAAUAACCGAAAUCAAGACACGCAAUACCACAGGUUUGACACAGGUUGAAACAGCAGUGUGCAAGAUUGCUCAGGUUGUUAAAGACCAUAACAACGCCGCAACGAAAACAUUGGUGAUUGCAUCCAACCUCUUUUCCCUUCGGUAUGUCGUGCAAGAGAAAUAGAAGACGAGGACGAAAACAUCAAUCGACGAAAUACGAACGCUCAAAUACCUUGUCUGCUUGUUGUCGUUCAACAAGAUUCCUAUGGUGGACUACUCAGUGAGGCUCACGCUGCUCUAACUUCAGACGGGUUGGAGUGCGAGUUAGGAAUCAUCUCGAGACCAACACAAAGCAACAAAGUGAUAACGGCACCGAGCGACAUAACGGCCACAAUACGUGAUAUUGCACUCGUGAUGAUGCGGUGCCAUCAUGAACUCCAUCGUGGAUUCCUGUACGGCAAACCAAUGGAAGCAACGUUGGCGUACGUCAAAAUGAUGGACGUUAAUACAUACGUCAAUAAAUUACGUACAAACGAUGCAUUACGAGAGAAGAUCAUCAUGCUCAUGUCUCGCAUUGUACAACUGCUAUCGCAUCCCGGUUGCGAAAUCAUCAGGCAAAACGAAUUCGAUCCCGAUUACAUCGCAGUUAGUGACAGACAGGUUUUUGAAAUCUCGACGCGCUCGUUUACGGAAUGCCCACCACGCAUGCCUUUGGGGAAAAUUUCGCCUCGUACGUAUAUUCCAUACGACAGCACGACGCCACCACAGCCGUUGUAUUUUAAGAAGGGCAUAGUCAAUUCCUUUCCAGAACUGGACGUACGGACCGCGUUUCUAAAUAAAUUUUAUCAAUGUUUUGUUGGUCGUCGCAUGCCUGAAAAAAUUCGAAAAUUUGUUGUGUCAGGACCGAAGGACUCGGGGAAAACGUCAUAG